AAAACUAAAAUCAGAAAGGCAUAAUAUUACACCCUCUUUGAUAUUCAACUGGACAAUAUCAAAUUUUAUGAUUUACUAUUCCUCUUAAGGAUAUCGGCUUAAAGAUAAACUCCUUAAUAAAGUUCAAAAAUCAACAUUUUCAUGAUGGCUGAAGUUAUGGAAAAUGUUACGGAAACAUUCGAGGAGCAGCCACCCAUUGAGACGGAGGGUGCUGAGACUCUAAUGGAAACUAACAUGAUGACAACCACAGAGUUGCCAGAAAUUAAAUUAUUUGGUCGCUGGUCUUGUGAUGACGUUUCUGUAAAUGAUAUAUCGCUGGAAGAUUACAUUUCUGUUAAGGAGAAGUUCGCACGUUAUUUACCACACUCUGCCGGUCGCUAUGCUGCCAAACGAUUUCGUAAAGCCCAAUGCCCAAUUGUCGAACGCCUAACGUGUUCACUAAUGAUGAAAGGCCGCAAUAAUGGUAAAAAGCUUAUGGCAUGUCGUAUCGUUAAGCAUUCUUUCGAAAUCAUUCAUUUGCUAACCGGCGAGAAUCCUUUGCAGAUUCUUGUUAGCGCUAUUAUCAAUUCGGGUCCCCGUGAAGAUUCCACGCGUAUAGGUCGUGCUGGUACCGUGCGUCGUCAAGCUGUUGAUGUGUCGCCUUUGAGACGUGUGAAUCAAGCCAUUUGGUUAUUAUGCACUGGCGCUCGUGAAGCGGCUUUCAGAAAUAUUAAGACUAUUGCCGAGUGUUUAGCUGAUGAAUUAAUUAACGCUGCUAAGGGCUCCUCAAAUUCGUAUGCUAUUAAGAAAAAAGACGAAUUGGAACGUGUUGCCAAAUCAAACCGAUAAAUGCUGCAUACAUUUAUUUUGUGUACAUAAGUUUAGCGCAACAUUUUUUAAAUAAUAAACACAACUAUAAAAAAAUUU